AUGGAGGUAGCGCAUUGGUUCGUACUGAACAAUUGUGAUGAGAUCAUGGGAUACUUAUAUGAGCAUGAAGAGAUGAUGAAGCGAGAACAUCCAUCACAUUUGGUUGCCCAGAAACACCGUGAAUUGUUUCCACAAUGGUUUUUGGAUUCUGUGAAUAAGUUGAAAUCAUCGAAUUCCCCAACUUACAGUGAUGAGUUAUAUAACUUGGCGUUCGGCCCGAUUCGCGCUGAAUUGUUCUCGGGUUGUAAUGUCAACGGCGUCAAAUUUUUGGCCGAAGCACGAGAUGACAAGUUGUGUACGCAAAACAGCGGUGUCCAUGUCCCAGGUGGAGGCGAAAGUACGGACAUUGAUUUCUAUGGCAAACUCACAACUGUCGUGCAAUUGCUUUACAAAGAUCGAUACCAAGUGAUCAUGUUUAAGUGUCGAUGGUUUGACACCAACCCAAAUAGGCGGGAAGUGUUAAAAUCGAUCAUGGCUUACUAUCUGUGA